UCAAGCCCAGCCCCGCUGCCUAAAUCGCUUUGCGCUUCCUCCUGUUCAAUGCCUGCAAGUCUCUGCACGCAGCAUUCGGCGGUCAAUGCGCCGGUCUUUUCCAAGUGCCCCGAGUAAAAUUAAGGAACACCCGUGGACAGGGAGCAUUGUGGUCAACACAAAGGACCAGCGCGAGCACGCCUCGGGCAAGAAAGGUGAUAAUUUCUUCAUCACGCCUCACGAACCGCCGACGCUGCCCCGGUUCCGAGUGUAGACCUUAAUUUGGAUUCAGCUGACCAAUGUAGUAGCCUGGAAGGCGAUAUAUGUGGUUUGUUGUCAGAUAUUGACGUUCGAGCGUUUCGUCCAUCAAGACCAUUAGAAGUUUUGGCUUUCACGCCGGCCACAGCGCAAAUACGCGCAUAACAUCAGCUGGGGAUCUUUUUUUAUGUUACUGACCACGGAGCGAGGAGAACAAUCGAAUGCCUUCAUUGAGAAGAACGCCACAAACACCAGCGGAUUUCUUCGUGAUUAAAACCACUUCUGAAGACUGAGGUCCUUCUUGCCUGAAUUAUACUCUAUUGCACCUGGAAAAUCUGCUCAACCUCCUCAAGAUGCAGCUCCGGACAGUUUUGGAUGUAAAGGUGGUAGAUGUGGAGAAGAGACGUCACCCCUCAAAGCAUUACGUGUAUCUUAUCAAUGUAACUUACUCUGACUCCACCUCCCACGUCAUCUACAGAAGAUACAGCAAAUUCUUUGACCUUCAGAUGCAGAUUCUUGACAAGUUCCCAAUCGAGGGAGGGCAGAAAGACCCCAAAAAGAGGAUCAUCCCUUUCUUACCAGGUAAGAUCCUGUUCCGUAGGAGUCAUGUAAGAGACGUGGCCAUGAAAAGACUGCGCUUCAUUGACGACUACUGCCGGGCGCUGGUGAGGCUUCCGCCCCAGAUAUCCCAGAGUGAGGAAGUGCUGCGCUUCUUCGAAACAAAGCCAGAGGACCUCAAUCCCCCUGUCGAGGACUAUGGCACCAAACGCAAAUCAGUGUGGAUGUACGGCCUGCCUGACAGCCCCACGAAGACGGAAGCCACAGGGCUGGAGAGCGGAGAUCCCAUGGUCCUGGAGCAGUACGUGGCCGUGGCCAGCUACGAGCGGCAGGAGAACUCCGAGAUCAGCCUGCAGGCUGGCGAGCUCGUGGAGGUGAUCGAGAAGAGUGAGAGUGGCUGGUGGUUUGUCAGCACGGCGGAGGAGCAAGGAUGGGUCCCUGCCACAUACCUGGACUCACAGAAUGGCACGAGAGAUGACCUGGAGCUUAGCACCACGAGGAGCGGGGAAGUCACUAAGAGACGCAAGGCUCACCUGAAGAGGCUGGACCGGAGGUGGACCCUGGGGGGGAUAGUGAACCGACAGCAGAGUCGAGAGGAGAAGUAUGUGACAGUGCAGCCCUACACCAGCCAAGGGAAGGACGAGAUCGGGUUUGAGAAAGGAGCAACCGUGGAGGUCAUGCAAAAGAACUUGGAGGGCUGGUGGUAUAUCAGGUACCAGGGGAAGGAGGGCUGGGCCCCGGCCUCGUACCUGAAGAAGAUGAAGGAGGACUUCUCGCCGAGGAAGAAGACCCUGACGGGGCCCGUAGAGAUCAUCGGGAACAUCAUGGAGAUCAGCAACCUGCUCAACAAGAAGUCCGUCAGCGAGAAGGACGUCCAGACGGACGGAGGUGGCGGCGGCGGUGGCAGCGGCAGCGGUGACGUCACGCCCGAGCGCCACAUCUCCAAGAGCGAGAUCAGCCUGCCCAUCCCUGUCGGCGCUGCCGAGGCCUCCGGCGCUGGCACGGGGACCACGGGCGGCGGCACCACCGGACCCCUCGGGGCUGGGAUCUCUGGACCGCCCGCUCCGACAGCCCUGCCGGACAACAGCGUGAGCAGCAGUAAACCCAGGGUCGAGCCGGGCUCCCCGGCCAUCGCACGCGUGGCUCCACACAGGGUGGAGAUCGGCUUUGACGCAAUAGGUUCUCCAAACCUACGUCAGAAGCCUCCUCCCCGUCGAGACGCAAACUUGGGCUUGCACUUGCCCAAGCCGCCAGAGCCCCCUACUGUGGAAGCAGAGUACUACACCAUCGCCGAGUUCCAGUCCAGCAUCUCAGACGGCAUCAGCUUCCGUGGAGGACAAAAGGCUGAUGUGAUCGAGAAGAACUCUGGCGGUUGGUGGUACGUGCAGAUCGGCGAGACAGAAGGCUGGGCUCCCUGCUCAUACAUCGACAAGCGCAAGAAGCCCAACCUCAGCCGCCGGACCAGCACGCUGACCCGGCCGAAGGUCCCUCCCCCGGCCCCACCGGUCAAGAAGCAGGACUCGGCCGAGGAGACGUCCUCGCUCUGCGGCUCGUCCUCGUCCAAAGCACCCGAGUCCCCCAGCCGGCCCGUGUACGAGGAACCCGAGUACGACGUCCCGGCCAUCGGGUUCGACCUCGAGUCGGACACGGACUCCCUGAAGGGCGAGUGCUCGGCGGAGGUGCGGACGAACGGCGCCCCUCAUGGGAAGUACUCGUCCCCCCUGGGGAAGGAUUCGCCCUCGGCGUCCCAGAAGAGCUCCCCCUUCAGGGUCGGAGAGUCCCUGGAGGACAUCUGCCGCGAGGAGUCCAUCUACGAGAACGACGGCUUCCGUCCGUUCUCGUCCGACGAGUUCGCCUCCGCGAGGGACUCCAGCGGCGUGGACUCGGACUCCCCCAAAGGCCCACUUUCGUCCUCCUCGUCCCCUCUGGCGCGCAAGUUCCAAGGCGGGGUCUCUGUGUCCAUCUCCUCGUCCCCUGGAAGCGGCGGCAAGCCGCUCCGAAAGGUGCCCCCGGAUCUGAGCCGCAGCCAGUCCCUAAGCCGCGCCGAGGAGACCAGCCCCAGGUCUUCCUCCGACGAGUCGGGCCGCGGCUUCCGCCGGCAGAUGAGUGCCCGGCGAAGCGGACCGGCGGACGAGGACGCACACUCGGCCCAGAGCCCCUCGGCCCGACCCAAGCCCGUGGUCCGGCCCAAGCCGCUGCUGUCCGCCAAGUCGGAGCCGCAGAGCCCCGAGCGGAUGGACAUCAGCACCCUGCGGCGCCAGCUGCGGCCUACGGGCACGCUGCGCCACGCUGGCCUCAGGCCCGGCGGCCGCGGAGGCGAGGACUCGGAGACGGCCUCGGUGGUGUCGUCCGAGGACUCCUCGGCCUCGUCGCGCAGCACCUCCGACCUGUCCAGCAUUUACUCGAAGGGCAGCCGCGGCGGCGACUCGGACCUGGACACCUGCUUCUACCGCACCACGGACGCCUACCAGCGCGCGCAGGACUCGGAGAUCAGCUUCCCGGCCGGCGUGGAGGUGGAGGUGCUGGAGCGGCAGGAGAGCGGCUGGUGGUACGUGCGCUGGGGCCACGACGAGGGGUGGGCGCCCACCUACUUCCUGGAGCCCCUGCGGCAGCAGCAGCAGCCCGCCAACGACGCCGGGCCGGAUUACGACUGCCCGCUGGUGGACCUGGGAGACCGAGGCGGCAGCCGAAGGAGCAGCCGAGGCGGCGGCGGCUCCAAGUCCAACAGCCUGGAGAAGAACGAGCAGCACGUCCAGGCGCUGAACAACCUGAACCAGCGGCAGCGCCACACGCCGCCCAUACCGUCCAAGCCGCCGGGAGGCUUCACCAGGUCGACCGCUACCACCGCUCCCUGCGGCGGGCUGUCCAACGGGUUGGGGGGGACGGGCACCGGAGUCGGGGUGCGCCUGAGGAACGGCGUGAGACAGGCGGCCGUGCGUCCCCAGUCGGUGUUUGUGUCGCCGCCGCAGCCGGUGAAGGACACCAACAUGCACGCCAACACAGGCUCCCUGCGCCGCAACGAGUCCAUGGGCGCCACGGACGGAAUCCGCUCCAACACCGUUGGCGUGCGACGGAACUCCUCGUUCACCACCGCGCGGGCGCAAGGAGGGUCAGCGACCCUGGACACUAGGAGCCGGGCGGCCACUGCCGUCGCCGCGCCAGGAGGCGGAACCUGCACCACCACCACCAUCACCGCCACCAUUGGCGGCGGCGGCAGCGGUUCCGCCACCUUAGGCCACCAGCGGAACGGCAUCCCCGUGUCCACCGUGAGACCCAAGCCCAUCGAGAAGUCCCAGCUCAUCCACAACACGCUGCGCGAGGUCUACGUGUCCAUCGCCGAGUACCGCGGCGACGAGGAGACCAUGGGCUUCCCAGAGGGCACCAGCCUGGAGGUGCUGGAGAAGAACCCCAACGGCUGGUGGUACUGCCAGGUGCUGGACGGCGUCCACAACCGCAAGGGCUGGGUCCCCUCCAAUUACCUGGAGCGCAAGAAGUGACCACACCGCACCCCCCCACCCAGAGAAUCUUAGUCCCCACUCCCCUCCCUCUCUCCCUUACACUUGAUCAUUGUGUAUAUUUACAGAACUGAUUUAAAAAUAGACCCAAAUUUUUCAUUGUUGUUGUUUGUUCUUACGUUGAUUGAGAGACACAUUUUGUGCGGAUUUAUCGAUGAUCCAGUUCACGUGCAGUCGUGUGCAGUGCGACUGCAAAGAUUAAACUAAACUUUUUGGGGAUCGGGGCAAGUUGGAUGAUACGUCCUGGUGAAACUUCAGGAAAGACAUUGUCUUCAGUUUGGAGAAUGUGGGAAGGGGGAGGGAGGGAGUAAAACAUACAUACAAACAAACAAACAAACAAACAAAUAAAAGAAACAUUAUAAAUGGGGUUUACAUUAAAAAAAAGAUAAUAUCUUACAUUGAAGCAGGAUGACAUCCUUGCACAAAAUACCUGCUUUUCAUGCCAAAUGGGUGCCUUCUUUGAAUGACAGUGGGAUUGUCUAGAGUUAUCAAGCAUUCACCAGUGAAUCAAACAUCAGUACCAAAUCAAAAACACUGUGCCAUAGAUCUAUGUGCAUGGAAAUCACCAAAAAAUAUCUAUUUUUGAAACCAAUUUAACCUUUCAAAAGAAAAAAAGACAAACAGAAAAAUAACAUUGGAAACAAUAUGUGUUAGUGUUCCCAAUGGCGGAGCAUAAUGGCGAUACAAUAAGGUCAUUCACAAUGCAAUGAAGUGGAAUGUUAUUGACGCAAUCCUCAAUGAAAACAAACCUACCUGUGUUGUCAUGGUUACUUGGUAACAACGGAUGAGUAGAGGAAGUCAGGAAAGAAACACUUUAAUCUCCUGUACUUUUUUAAAAUUUAAAAAAAAAAUGUUUAUUGUUAUUUUUUUGUAUGUCAUUGAGUGUUUUGUUGUUGUCAUAUGUUCCUUAGAGAUGUAUUUCUGCUUUCUUGUGACAUCCACACUAAACAUGUCAGCCCACAGUAAGCAGGUCUAGACAUUUUUAUGUCGUGUGAUGCUGCACUGAUUAGAAGGUCGUGUUGAGGCUUAACAAAUUGGUUAUCAUUAUUCACAUCUAAAUCCCAUUCAGCAAUCUGCACACUCUUAUUGAAUCAUGAUGCAUUCAUAAAUGCACACAAAAAUAAACUGAUCUAAUGACAUGAAGCAUGUCUUGUUCUUCAAAAGGUAGAUAAAAGAGAGUCUUCUUGAAACAUCUGCCCAUGUCUUGAAACAAAUGUUAGUUUACAAAAAGGUUGUAGUAUAAUUGUUUUUUUUUCUUGAAAAAGAUAUUUGCAGACAAAACAAAACUCUGUAUAUAUUUGCUGCUUUUAGUUAGGUGUUGUCACGGUUAUGGCUGUGACAUACAUUGAAAAACUAUACUGGAAACAACCAUUGAUACUAGCCAGUCAAUCCCAGGGAAGUAGUUUGUAGGCCUACAUAGCAGAAAGCCCAAAAUGUGAUAGAGCCGAACAGAAGUACCAUCGUGUCUUGCUAAUUUGUAUAGAUUUAGUAUUUAUUUUAGUGGGUACUGGAAAUACAGUGUAUUCAUCAAACUACCCAAACGAGGUUUCAGAACUGAAAAUAAGAAAAAAAAUAUUUAAUUGAGUUAUCUGGAAGCACUUGAUAUCCUUACCCAAAGAAAAGCACAUCAAUAUGCAAGGGUUAAUUUCAACAUAACAAUAUUGCUGGGCAGUAUUAAGUUUGUGGUUGAAGUUAUGCAAUGGGAAACUGAUCUUUUAUUUUUUUUAAAUUGUUAAAUAGUUUUUGUUUCGAUCUUAAGGAUGAGAAACUAAACUAAAUGUGACAGUUAGAACUAAUUGGCAAAACGAUCCCUGUUUUUUAAGAGCAGUAAUAUGCGGCAACGCUACCAUCCAGACAUGGCCUUAGUGGCAAUCUACCACCUUACUCCUACAUGAAACAUGCAGUUAUUGAGAUGGCACUCUCAAAAUCGAGCCCAAAUGAUCGAGUCUAUCAAAUGGCUGAUGUUCAAGACUGCUGAAAUAUUUUUCUAAUGAAAUAGUGUGAGCUCCUACAUUUGGAUAGAGCACUAACUUUUAAUUUUUUCCAUUUUCUGCUGGACAGUAUUAUAGUAUUAAACAAAAGUACCUGCUAGAUUGCAGUUAUAUUCUUUUUUUUUUAAGCAGAUGUUGUUUUGUUCCAGUUGCUGUGUGAUCACACAGGGACAAUAAUAAUGAAAGAAGUGGUUCAUUUUUUUGUGAGUUAAUGCAUUUUUCUUUUUCAAAAGUGCAUUAACACAAAGAUGCAGUAAAUUCACUCAGCACAUUAUUUAUUGAACACAAUUUGUUCUCUUUUUUGUAUUUAUGGAUUAUUUAAUUUUUGUUGAUUUUUUUUAUACCUCUGCACAGACCUGCCAGUUUUUACCCAUCAGUAGUUGUCACUUAGUAGUCUCAAAUUCCGAGACAAUUUGGUGCCACCUAGUGGUGGGAACGUCUUAUUGCAGCAUAUAUUUUUUGCUCCUCAAAAGCAGUAGGUGGAGAAGCUUUUUUACAAAACUUGAACAGCCCUCCACUGAAACUACCAUUGGAGACACAUCUCUCGAGUGAAUGAACGAAUCAAUUUUGAUAAUUGAAUGUUUUCAAAUAUUAAUGCAGCUAAAACAUUUUUGUAUCUUUAUUUGGCCUUUUCAUCUUUUCCAAAUUAUUUUUUCUAAGGCUGUGUGCUGCAACUUCUUGCAAUAAUGGACACUUCCUCUGUUGUUAUUGAACCAUACAUAAUGCCUGAUCCUGUUUUAUAUAAUUUCUUUGUUUUGUGUUACUCUUUAUUGGGUUUAACAAUCACUACCAAAUUUUUUUGGAGUAUUUCUAAAUUGAAGUCAAUCAAGUCAAAACACCCAACAGGUGAAUUUCAAUGAGGAUUAAAUAGAAAAAAAGAACGCAAAAACAUACAGUUACAGUUGAGCUAAAUUGAAUGGUUAUGUUCUUGUUUUGGUACUUUUAUCAUUUAGAAUCGGCUGAAUGAAUCACCCCUUUCCCCGUCUCACCAACGUCCCCAAAACCUUUUCCUUUGACGAAGGCAUUAUGGACCUGUGUUGACCCGCGCCAACGCUAUUAAUGGAAUAAUUUGUCUUUGUUAACUAAAUUCAAUUUACACUGCUUUAAGCGUAUUGCGAAUUACAAGGGAACCGUUGUGUGUCUAGCUAGGCCUCUAAGCCGCAUUUAAUUGUGUAUGAGCUUUAAGUCUGUUUUGUUUGUACUCCUUUUUUACCAUUAUUUUAUCUUUCAGUCUGCAUAAAUAUUUGUAAUUUAAUCUUUUUAUUUUCCUGCUUUUUAUCCCUUUUUGUAUGUUGACAUGAUUCAAAUGUAUUAACGAGGAAAUGUGCAAUAGACAAUAGGCAUCUCACCUGAAUCGGGGAGAAAUAAUAAUCCAUUUUUGUUUUCUUUUGUCAACUCAAACUUCAACUUUUACAGUCAGUGGUAAUUUGAAGUGUCAUUGGCGUGACAUGUUCAAUAUAAACCUACCCUUCAUGGCACCAAUCUAAUUAGUAAACUGUUUAAAAGAACAUCUAAAGAUGGAGAGACACAGUAAUUGAAGUCCAAUUCACAAGUAUGACCUAAAUCGACCCAGAGCCCUGUGCACUGUGUUCUUUCUACAAAGACGUAGACACACGGGCACUCACUCUAUGCCCGCUACACACGGGCACUCACUCUAUGCCCGCUAGACUAUAACCAGCAGUUGUGUGAGCCGCAGCCAAAGUGAUGGGUCUCUCUGAUAGAUUGGAGUUAUCGAUCACCUUAAGCCACACGUGGAAAACCACAGAGACGUAUGACAGAGAAGUUCCCUCACAGUCACACAGGCAAGCUGACACGUGUUAGCAUUGUGUCACACACACACACACACACACAAAAACACAUACACAACAUGACCCCCAUACACACCCUUCAAUGUGGCUCCUAGUAACCACACACACACACAGUCUCCUCAUUACCAUGGCUGUUGGAUACACACAGAUCCCAACUCAGGUCUUUGAAGUAAGAGGACUUUGCGAUUUGCUCUGAACUGACGCUAUGGAUCAGAAAAAGACUUUCCAUGGCCUGCCACAUGCAUUAGUCCACGUUUGCUAGGCGGCUAGUUCUAGUAACAGACAGCAAUCCCAUUCAGUUUGUUCGUGUCUGGAACCUCCUUACAUUCAAUCUCAAUUUCUCUCUCAAUUUCUCUCUCAGUAUGACCUUUGUCCAAGGCUUAAAUCAAAGAACCUUAGCCUGUGGUCGGUGUCCACUUUUCUUCUGUAGGCUUUUAGCUGAUGUGUUUCUGGGUUGCUUCCUCACGCUUCACUUACCUUGUUCGCAGAACUCACCUCCACCAUGUCGCUGUCCGUCAGUUGAGGAAUCUAACAGAACGUUCCUAUGAGAAACAAUGGUCUGAGAGGGGAGAGUUAGAGGUGUGUGUGUGACAGAGAGAGAGAGUGUGUAUAAAGUGCAAAAUAUCCUAUUAGAUUUAAAUGACUAAGUGUGUGUGUGUGUAUAUUGUGAAUUGUCAUGGCGGAGGUUUAAUGAGAAUGUUGGAGCAAAGAUGGUCUGUUUCGUGAAGUAUGGCUUGGAAGGAAGGAUCGCUGAGGCAAGAGUCAGAUAGUCAGUAUUGGACUGUAGGCUGUAGCAAUAGCAUUAAUUUGCCCCUUUCCCUACUCCUAUCCACUCCCAGUCAUAGUCCCUGCCAAUGAAUUGUCGAUGUGUGUGGCUUGGCACCAUGAAAUCCCAUUAUUACACAUUAUUACACAUCCCUUUAAUCGCCACCUUAGUAAACUUGUUGGAUUUUUUUUUUAGAAUGUAGUGCCUCUUGUGCAUGCUGUCAUAGAGAGGGGACUAAUUUCAAACAAAGGACUCCACAGGGCAAGAUUUAUGUAGGACACAUUUUCUGCCAAGCUGGCCAAGGCUAGUUUAUUUAAUUUUAGCUAAAGGAUUUUCAUUAUCAUUACGGCAUGGCUAGCCUAAUAAUUUUCUUGCUCAUAGCCUACAGCUGACUGUUUGACGGGUCGUGAUUUCGUCUGGCUUUUCCUUGGGUGGUUGCAAUAGUAGGGUGUUUUUAAGAUAGGUUGUCGUAUGUGUGCUCGAGGGGCUGCGAUGGGUGUGUUACACAGGGAGAGUUUCAGUAGGUUUUAAUAUAGCCUAGUUUUACUUUUUGUUUUUUUUAUUUCAUGGUAGCUUGUUUUGUUUGUGUUGUGUGAGUUUUAUCUAUUUAUUUCAAGGUGUCUACAUCAGUGAAACUGACGGACAUGCGGUCGAGGUUUCUGCCGUACUGCUGUGCUGUUUGAGUAUCCCGCACGAGGAGAAGUGACAUCGUAGCCUAUAGCUUCCCAUAACGUUACUGGGCAACUUCGUACUCCUUUGCACCUGUUUGAUUUCGUGACCUUUUCAUUUCCAACUUUUCCUCAUUCAGUUAGUUCUCUGAACACCCUUCUGUCUGCAUUAGCGUCUACAGCCUAGAGAUCCAGGGUAGCGGUCAGAUGGGAAUGAGACUAAAGGACCUCAAAGAGGACUUAGGACCGACUGCAUGCCAAGUCAGGGCCCACCAAAUGAGAACUUGACCGUCCUAGCAGCGUGUUCAGUUCCAGCGUUUACGUUAAAAGCAGGAGGGUGGCUAAUGGUCAGGCUUGUCAUCAUACGGAGUCGCUGUCCGGUGGAGUGGCAGUGCUGUGGCAGUCCUCGUCGUCCUCCGUAACACCAGCGUGCCUCAACGCACGUCCCCCAUCAUGACUGUAGAAGGACCAAUAUUCGGUGCUAUAUUCGUAUCAUUUUUUGAAGAAUCACAUUUAUGCAUUAUGGGAAUGGAUUGAUUUUUUUUUUUGGACAUUGUUCGUUUCAUGUUCCCUGCUUUCAAAGGGUAGCUGACUCAUCGCCAGGCAGGCUCCAGUGUGUGUGUAUGUGCCCCGAGUUGAAACAGCAAAAGCCAUUAUGGCUUCAAACAAGAAGGGAGUCAAUCAAGUGUGGAGGCAAUUGUUGUGGAAAUAUAAUGAAUACUUGGGGCUUGUUUUGGAGAAAAGGGGCUUAUAGGCUUCCCUGAGACUAUUUGUGUUGUGAAAGAGGAUGGGGGCAUAACAUUGGAUUAGUCGACAUAAGAGUGUCCCACCGCCUCACUCUUUCCAAAGCCACGUGGUGCCUUUUGUAAGCAGGAGAUGGGUCUUUGGGUGUUUUUGUUUUAGCUUUUUGGCUCAUUUAAAAAAAAAGAAAAUCAGAUUAAAAAGAAAUUCUUUUUUGCUUUGUCUUUUGUUUCUUAAUUUGUGUUGUUGUUUUUGUUCUGUAUCAUGUUUACAUUGUAUCUUGCAUUGCCCUAAAGAAAAAAAUAUAAAAAUGUAUUAUUCUGUU